UUUCACAAAAUUCACAAUAAAAACUCGUUAAAAAGUCCAGCUGUGUGUAUAGUGAGUGUUAUCGGUACAGUAACUAGAAAAAAUAAAUCCAUGGCAAUGUCUUAUUCUCGUUUAACUCAACUGAGGCUAUCGCUUAAACAUUUCCGAAGAUCAUGUACCAGUACAUCGAACACAAGACCGACGGCCGGUAUAUCUCAAAUUGCCAAACUAGGUAAUGACAAGGCAGAGGUGGAGAAAAAGAAGGAAGAAGAGGAUCGCGUAACAUAUGAACUCCCCAAAGCAAUGUAUGCUGAAAACAAGAAAACCGUCUUUCAGUUAUUCUCCAGUCAAAAGAACUAUGCAAUUGAAGUAAUCAGUGUUCUUAACGCGAUCGAAUUCUCGCCGUAUGGAGUUAAAAAAGCGUGGAGUGAUUGGAAGGAAGAUAAGCUCGUUAGAUCACAGUUGUACGUCAAAGAAAGAGCAGAGUUUCUUGGCCCAGAAAUAGCCACUGGUCAUUUUAUUUGUUUUCGAGGUGGCAAAGUUCGCUUUUAUGGCCAUAAAGACUGGAUUGUCGAAGACCCUGAUUCGGAUAUCAUACCGAAUUUACCCAGAUUUUACUUGGAAUCUUAUAAAAUGGAAGCUGUUGACUGUUCAAAAAUGACUCUUGUCUAUGAAGGAUUGGAAAACAUGAAAAACAUGGAGAAGCUCAAAUGGUUGAGCCUGGAGUCGUGUCCCCGUAUUGACGAUUGGUGCCUGGACAGGAUUUCCGGCGAAUUUUGUGACACGUUGGAAUAUCUGGAUAUUCGAAACUGUCCACUGGUGACAGAUAAAGGUAUCGCUUCAUUAAGUAAGAUGAAGAAACUGAAAACUCUUCUGGUUGGCGGUCACCCGGAAGCUAAAAAUCUUGAACUUGUAUGCCUCAUGCUUGAGGACGUUUUGCCUGAAUUAACCAUCCGAGGUAUUCUUUAUUGCGAUGAGUCUUUAUUGACAAAUGACGAGGCCCACGAGUAAAAUGUAAAGUUCUUUCAACAGUCAUUUGCCGAUUUUUGUUCUUGAGGAAUUAUUAUGAAUCAAUACAUAAAUGUUAAUGUUUA